UCCAUUCCCCUGCUCAGAGUUCGGGCUUCAGCAAGCAGUAUUUCUCUGGGUGCGCACGUGGAAACGAGAAUACUAUUGCAGCUGCGAUUCCACGCGCGCUCAGCCCCGCUUUAUGACUGCUUUUAUCCUGUUACGUCUCGAGCCCAAUGCUGCCAGCAGCGGCACGUUUCAUGCAUUUUUUAGACCUCUCGCGCGGAAGAAGAAACAUUUCGUAAACGAAAAAGACUUGCUGAGAAUGAGUCCCGCAUAACUUCGGGUAUUGUUGUCAUCUACCCCCUCCUUUUUCCCCUGUCCCGCGCACUCCAAGUUGAGUCAUUGUACAUAAGUAUGGUAGAUAAAGGCCCCUUGUUGACUUCUGCCAUUAUUUUUUACCUGUCCAUUGGGGCAGCAAUUUUUCAAGUCCUGGAGGAGCCUAAUUGGAAGCUGGCUGCAAUGCAGUAUAAUGCCCAGAAGGAUAAAAUACUUGAGGACUAUCCCUGUCUGACCAAGGAUGAUUUGGACAAAAUAUUAGAGGCGGUGUCUGAUGCUGCAGGCCAAGGGAUCACUAUAACUGGCAGCAAGACCUUCAACAACUGGAACUGGCCAAAUGCUGUUAUUUUUGCCGCCACUGUUAUCACCACUAUCGGAUAUGGGAACAUUGCCCCUAAAACGUCAGCAGGCCGUGUAUUUUGCAUCCUUUACGGUCUGUUUGGGGUGCCUUUAUGUCUUACCUGGAUCAGUGAGCUAGGAAAGUUCUUCGGUGGCAGGGCCAAGCACAUGGGCCAGUAUCUAACCAAGAAAGGAUUUUCACUGAGAAAGGCUCAAUUUACCUGCACAGCUGUAUUUCUUCUCUGGGGUGUGCUGGUCCAUUUAGUCCUUCCUCCUUUUGUAUUUAUGUCCCAAGAGGGUUGGACAUAUAUUGAAGGCUUGUACUUCUCAUUUGUCACCUUGACCACGAUUGGUUUUGGGGACUUGGUAGCAGGUGUGGAACCAAAUAAAGAAUACCCAACUCUGUACCGUUACUUUGUGGAAGUGUGGAUUUAUCUGGGGUUGGCCUGGCUUUCUUUGUUUUUCAACUGGAAAGUGCGGAUGGUGAUUGAGGCCCACAAGGCACUGAAGAAACGCCGGAAGCUGCGCAAGCUAUCUCUUGAUGAGCUCCGGCACUACAAAGAGACUCAGAAAGCCGCCCUUCGUUUGCCACCCACUCCUAAUGACGUCAACAUCUUCAGCUUCCUGUCCAAGAAGCAGGAAGGCUACAAUGACUUGAUUAAGCAGAUUGGCACCAAAAAAGAUGACAGAAGUAACAGCGGUAGUGCCAACACCAUUAAUAACUCCAAAGAGAUUGGUCGUUCCAAGAGUUGCAAUGACGCUCCCGUGUUUAAUGGUCACACAAUCCUUAGUCUGGACCAUUCACCACGCCAAAAGAGACGCUAUAGUUUAAGUGAGCGUGUCACUGUUGCUUUUUCAAAGUCUAAGAACUACCUCCUGGGCUCAGACAGCGGUUUGCUGCUAACAGAGGACCAAGUAGAGGGUGACCUAGAACUUGACCAGGGCCAAAUGUAUGAGAACCAGCUUGACAAGGACGUUGACCUAGAGAAUGGAGGGGUGGGAGAUUGUGGAGCAGGUGGUCGAAGGACAUGGGACUCUAAGGAGUACCAUCCCCUAACAUUCCAAAAUGCAAACAUUACUUUUAUAGACGAGGAGAACUUUCUUGGCAAUAACUUGGAAGAGGAGGAUGAUGAUGAUGAUGAUGAUGAUUCUAAAUUAAAACUAUCCAUUACUACAUGUGAUGAAAACAUUGAAACAAACUCCAAGGAGGAGCAGAGUUCUGAAUCUGAAGGGUCUGUGUUCACUAGUGACGGAUCAGAACACAGCCACUCCUAUGAGAAACUUGUAGAGGAAUAUGCAAAGGAAGAAAAUACAGAAUGUUGAGAUAUCAGUCUUAACUAUGUAAAGUUGUCACAUCUGCGUGGUCCUCUGUUGUUGUUAGUUCUUGGUUGACAUUGAAGUAUAUGUAUUCUAAUGUGAAUUGUUUGAAUGAACAUCAGAAGUCCCAUUGCACUUUUGGAGGUCUGAUAAUGAAAGACUGCAAAACCAAGAUAAAAUUUCAAAUGAAUGCUCUGCUCAUAGCUGAGAAAUGAAAAUCUACAUCAUGUUGACUAUUUAAGAGGUGAGCUAUCUAUAAAGUCUUGAAACAUCUUCAUGAAAAUAGACUACAGAGCAUGACCUACAACCCCAUGAGUAUUUAACAUCUGCUCUAUUUAUAUCUUUUUAUAUGGUUUGAGAAAUUAUAUGCCACACAUUUAUUGUAAUGUCGAAACUAAGAACUAUUUACCAUGAGUGCAUUUUUUUCUAUUCAUAGGCUGAUAAGUUAUAUGUGGGAAUGUAUUUGAUCUCCUUAGUUUUUUUUAUGCAUAUUCACCAUAUUGGUGUUUUUAUAUUUAUUAAAAUGAAGGACAGUAGCUUUUAUUCAAUGGCUACAUGGGUGUAUGUCUCCCAUUGCACAAUUCCACCAAAUGAGGACAGUUCAGAGUCCAUUUCUGUGCAGACUGUAUUUUUUAAAACCUGAGCCAAACAUUUAUCCUUAAAGAAAAUGAAGGUGGUUAAGGGCCAAAUCUCCUCCUUUUUUGUUAUUUCACUUGUUUUUUAUGUGAAGUCCUUAACUUGUUGUGUCUGAGAUUUCUGUUUUAUUUUGACUAAAAGCAAUAUAAUUGUGACUGCACUAGAGGUUAUCAGCGAUGCAUAGCCACAUCUGGAUGUCUAGAACCAGCUGAGAGUAAACUUGAAAAUGCUUAACUUUAUGAACAGAGAAGCAUUUACAGCAAAUCUUAAUAUCCUGCCAGACAGACACUCUAAGAUUUGUUUGCCUUUAUUUUUUUUCCCUUUUAAUUUUGAUCUGCUUUGGAGAUGAUCCUCCCAUUGUGACAUACAUUAGAUGCCUCAGAAUACCCUCAAAUUGUUAGAGUAAACACGGUCUUUAUUGUUUUGCUGCUGACAGCAUGUCAAAUGUCAUUCUGUGGCUUCUGGCAGCGCAUAAUGAGAACAAAACUUUUACCGCAACAGUAUUCUCACUUUUUGUCUCUUUAGCACCCUUUCACUUCAUUUUAUUUGGCAUGUAAAUAUUGGCUAAAAGCCCAUCAUUAGACCCAACCACAGCUCUGCUCAGGACAUGGCCUUGCUGCUCAUGUUUGCUUUUGGGGGCUCGCACUGGUAUGAAAGACUGAAGUACCGCUUAUGACAGCCAUUCAAGGUUAACUUGUAACGGAUCAAUGCUCUCUUGACACAUGUUUCAGCCAUGAGACACAGAAACGGCAGUAUUGGUGCUCUGUUGUUCCCCCUUGUUUCAUGUGAACACAAAACUGUAAAGUCGAGGGACCAAAAUAUAAUGUCCAGUGCUUCUCACAGUCUCGCUUUUAAAAGGGCCCUUUGUUACCCUGCUUACCCGCUGCCUUUUGCACACAUUAACUUGCACAAAAAAACUUGAAAUAGUAUUACGGUGAAUAGUAAGAUGGCAGUGUCAGAUAGAGCUACUUUGAAUUUAGAACGCCUUAUUCAAGCCAGUUGGAUAAUAUACUGUAAAUAUAGUCCAAUAUUUGUAGCUCUUUUUGUGAACACAUGGACCACACCAUCUGUACUACUAAAUCUGCCUUACAUCUGACUGCUAUCAGGUGAAAAUGCCUUAAAUCUUUCACACUGGGUGUUUUGAUUGUAUUGCAGGGCCACCACAUUAUUCUGUGCCCAUAUUUUCUCUCUCUCUCUCUCUCUCUCUCUCUCUCUCUCUCUCUCUCUCUCUCUCUCUCUCUCUCUCUCUCUCUCUCUCUCAUAUAUUUUCACUGGUUUUCCUUAUUGUGGUAGUUCAGCAUUGUUCCACAGCCAUGGUACUUGUCCGGACUGAUUUUCAAGCUUGUCUCUAAAUUAUUGACCAAGAACAGGUUCGGCUGGGUUAACCCAUUUACCCAAGCUUUUCUCUUAAUGUUGAUUCAUUGUUUUAAAACUCCAGUAAAAUUUUGUUUUUAGGCGUCUUUUUUAUGAUUUUAAAUUAUUCAUGUUUAAAAGUUUGCAUGUGAAUUCCGAACAAAAUGUAUAUUUCAUGUAAAUAAACGUUUAAUA